AUGAAGGUUAAAUGUACAGUUAGCACCUCUAUUGAUGUGGACACUUUCUCUGUGGAGAUGGAGGAGGAAGAUUCAUCUACAAAGUGCCAGGAUGCCAGAACAUCUCUUCCUCAAUUUGACGAUGAGAGGCCUCUCUUCCACAGUAAUCAGACACCACCAGGUCCUUCUGCGCUAUUUCUGCCGUCAGGAAUUAUAGGAUGCAUCUUGGGUGAUGACAUGGGUCUUGGAGAGACUGUUCAGGUCAUCGGCUUCCUGGCUGCAGUUCUGCGGAAAACAGGUACAUGGAAAGAUGUCGAGAACAACAGGCCACAGUUUUUGCUGUCACAGAAGCCAUCAGAACAAGUUCAGAAGCUGGCCAUUCCAGGAUGCUUGGGUUCUCUGGCGGGUUUUAAAAACAGGAUUUCGGACCCCAUCGAGCAUGGGCAAAAGCACACAGUGACAAAAAGAGCUCCAACAGAAGGCCGUAAAGCAGUUCAGGACCUUGCCGAAAGACUCUCACGCUGGUUCCUCAGGAGAACAAAGGCCCUCAUCAGUGACCAGCUACCUAAGAAAGAUGAUCGAGUGGUCUAUUGCUCUCUCACAGACUUCCAGCGGACAGUGUACCAUGCCGUGCUGGACACAGACGAUGUGAUCCUGCUGUUGCGGAGCUCAGGAAAGUGUCACUGUGGCAGUGGCCGUCCACGGAAUAAGUGCUGCUACAAACUGAAUGCAGACGGUGUGCCGGUUAGACACCUGUACUUUAGUUAUCUGGCUAUCCUGAGAAAGGUGGUCAAUCAUGUUGCACUACUGCAGUCCAAAGAAGAAACCAGCAAAAAACAGUCUAGUAAUUGAGAGAAAUAUGUGACAGCCAUUUGUGAGCAAGUUUUCAGGAAAUUUCCAGAUUUCACAGAGAGGUGCAAACAAGCAGCCUUUGAAGCAAUGUCUGAUCCCAUGUACAGUAGAAAAAUUGUUCUGCAAAAGCUACUCAAUCACUUUAUCGCGAAGAAAGACAAAGUUCUACUCUUCUCUCUUUCCACCAAACUGUUAGAUGUUCUAGAAAGCUAUUGUAUGGCAGAGGGUCUGGAGUACCACAGACUGAAUGGAAUCACCAAGUCUAAGGGCCGAGUUAAGAUAGUGAGAGAGUUCAACAGCUCUCGGGAUGUCAACCUGUGUCUGGUGUCUACCUUGGCGGGUGGGCUUGGUCUCAACUUCGUUGGAGCAAAUGUUGUUGUUCUGUUUGAUCCAACAUGGAAUCCUGCCAAUGAUCUUCAGGCUAUUGACAGGGUGUAUCGUAUUGGCCAAUGCAGGGAUGUGGCGGUUUUUAGAUUCAUCUCUUUAGGAACGGUAGAGGAGAUCAUAUACCUGCCCCACAUUUACAAACAGCAACUUCAGUCAUCAGUCAGAGGCCAGGAGAAUGCUAGACGCUACUUUGAGGCUGUGCAGGGUAUCGAGGGCCAGGCAGGGGAGCUAUUCGGCAUCCGCAACCUUUUCCGCCUGCAAACUGAUGGCACCUGUCUUACCCACCGCAUCCUGGAGAGGGAGGGCCGAGUGGAGGUGGGGAUCAUGACGGCCAGAACUCAAGCUCUGGACGAGAGGUUGCAGGAGCCAGUGAGUACCCACCCUUUCACAGACCCGUGUCUGAAGCAUUUAUUUUUCCCACCCAUCCCUCCCCUCUUCUUUCCCAUCAUCCAUCUGUUCCCACGGCAUGACAGGCAAGCACAUGGUCUUAAUCAACCCCCUCUCAAGCCCAGUG